GUGACGCAGGACAUACGCGCGUUCCGAUUGGCCGAGUGGAAGUCUCGGCCCCGCCCACCGCCGAGAUUUGAAAAACCUACAGAGAAGAAGCGAGAGGGCAGCAGCAGUGGCAGCGGGGAGGAAACGUUGAUAUUCGGACAUGGCGCCCAGGAAGAGAACCACGAAGCAGCCGAAGGCCGACCCCAGGGCGGCGAAGCUGCAGGCCUUCAUAGAUGACUUCGACAGUGAAGUGGAGACCCGCCUGUCCCAGAUGAGGGAGAAGAUCGACAAGCUGCUGGUGGACGUGGACAACAGCUACGACAUGGCUCUGAUGAAGCAGCCGCGCGCCGUGAGGCAGAUGCCCUGGAUGGAGUUCUACAAGCUUCACCAGCCCAAGGCUGCAGAGGAGCGGCGGCCCGUCGAGGCUCCACAGGACCUAAAGAGCGGAGAGGAGGCGGCCAUCUUGGAGAGCGAGGUGGCCAGGGACCACACCGCCCUGCUGAAGUCCCUGAAGAAAGCCACCAGGAAGAAAGGCGCAGCCAAGUCCAGCUCAGACGAUGAGAACGUCCCCGCCUCGUCCAGGAGGGGCCCGGCAGCCAGGAGACCGCCGUCCACAGCCAAGAGGACCAAAGUUCUGUCCGUCACCAAGCAGCACGCCGCCAUCAGAUGCUCCAGCAGGAAGCCCCUGGUGACCCCAGCCAGGAACAUGAUGGACUCGUCUCUGGUGAUGGGACAGACGCCUCUCGUCACGCCUCGCUUCGACCCCAGACUCCCAAAGACGCCCGCCGUCAGGGUCCCCCGCCACAAAGAGAGGGUCUACAGCAUCUCCGCCAACGGCUCCCCCAUCACCGCAGGGAGCCAGGACAUCGUCCUCAACUUCCCCGUGGGGAACGGCGAGAGCAUCCAGCUGCUGGCCAGUGAGAUGGACUCUCUGGACCUGAACCUGCUGGACGAGACGGCCCUGAGGAGCAUCCGGCAGCUCAAGGACCGGCUGACCACUCUGUGUGGGACGUCUGAGUGACCUGGGAGAAAAAUGACGCCCCAGAGUUUUUCCACUCGGGGAUUUUUGGUCUAAGGAGCAACUUUUUAUUUUUCCUUCAGAGAACUUUUUAACUUUUCAUGUGACGGCGUGUCUCUUCACGCUGACAGCGAAUCGACGAGGUUGUUUGCUUCCUUUUCACUGUUACUUUCUGUAAAUAAAGUCUUUAUUGUCCUCCUGCUGUC